GUACCGGUGCUACAGCAACGAGUGGAAGGUGGAAGUAAGAUUAGCUUCUGUGACUGCACGCCGACUAAUUUAUCCAGCAUAAAAGGACUGCUGUCAUUUCGGAUAAUUGUAGAGCUUAAUGAACUCAUCACAAACUGUACUUCCGACAUCAUAUCGUGGCAGUAAGUUAACUGCUGAGGUGUACAUCUACUUUUCUCCGGGCAUGUCAAGUAACGAUAGCUAACGGUAGCAGGCAGCUGUCCCCCCCUCCUUACCGUCUAACUUAGCCACUCUGGAAGCUUUAGUCUUUACUGAAAUUCUGCCGACUUUCUUAUAAAAAUGCCCAUUCAGCUGACAAGUCAGGCGUACUGUAAAAUGCUUUUACAUGCUGCCAAAUAUCCACACUGCGCCGUGAAUGGAUUGCUGGUGGCAGAAAAGAAGAAGGACAAAAAGAAAGAUAGCCACAGUGAGCCAGUUCUGUGCGUGGACUGUGUGCCUCUGUUUCACGGUACUCUAGCUCUGGCACCAAUGCUGGAAGUAGCCUUAACUCUGAUUGACACUUGGUGUAAAGAAAAUAAUUAUGUCAUUGUCGGAUAUUAUCAAGCCAACGAACGCACAAAGGAUUCAAGGCCCAACCAAGUUGCAGAGAAAGUGGCAGCCAGAAUUUCUGAGAACUUCAGUGAAGCAGCAAUUGUUAUGGUGGACAGCAGUAAGUUAACAAUGAGCUGUUCCGAACCCAUCGUCUUGAUCUAUGAUCACCACGAAAACAAGUGGAAAAGCAGAGAAGUAACGGCUGACUCCUUUGAGGACUGGAGCGAAGCACAGAAAAUCACAUCUGCCCUGCUGGUGGGUCGUUCCUAUGAGAACUUGAUUGAUUUUGACAGUCACUUGGAUGAUCUGAGGAACGACUGGACCAACCCUGUUAUUAACAAGUCCGUCCUGGAUCUGUGCUAAGACCUUCAGUCGGGAGUACCCAUGACACACACAUGCACGCACACACACACAUGUGAACAACUAUAUUGCUGCCAAUUCAGCAUGCACACUGCUACUUGUGUAGCACAGGAGAAUGAAAAAGCUGAACCUAUAGUCUGCGUUCCAUAAAAAGUCUCUCUCUCUGAAGGGAACUUGUGGGGCACUGGCCAGUUAGGCCAAAUGUUUUAAGGGCAAGCACCAUAUGUGCGCUGUUGGCCCGUGUCCACCUCUUACAGGUUGAUGCUGCAGUGAUGAAAGCUUUUAUGUUGGGUUUUUUUUUUAUGCAACUUUGGGUUUUUUUCCCCUGCAAUGGGUUUUGAUAUCCUGUUUUAUGUAAAAGUUUAGAUUCUAGAGGUUUAAACCUAUACAUUUGCUUUUAGCCAUACAGAGAUCAAGUUCUAAAUAAGUUCUAAAUUAUUAAUUUUUAGGUAAUGAUUUUACAAUUGAUAGGAUAAAUGUGUUCUUUAUUAAGUUUCUUGUUUAUAAAAGAUCUGAAGGAAAAUUCACAUAUAUAAGUGAAGUCUGAAAGUUUUAGAUGACGCUGAACCAGAGAUUUGGCCCAUUCAAAAGCCCCAACUUUAAUCUUUCCGUAGAUGCAUUUCUAGCGUGCAUGCUUCUCGGUACUGCCACUAAUGUGACGGAGAAUGUCAGUCUGGAUGAUGCACAUGUGCAUUUUGGCUCUUGAUUUAUGAUCUGGAAGACCGGCUCUAUACUGAAUCAGAUCACAGGAAUGUGUGAAUUUUGUUUUGUGUGGAUAUCCAUUCUAAGAACUAGAUAAAUUCUAUGUUAACACUUAACUGAUUAUUCUAAAACCAAAUAUUAAAAAGUUAAUAUUUAUUGUGAGACUACAGAAGCACCUUUUGUAAUUGAGAUUAGAAUUAAUCAGUUAAUUGUGUGGAUGAAACAUUUUCUACUGCAAUUGUUUUGAGCUGAAUGUUCAAUGAAACUGAUUUUUGAAAACAUCUAUAUGUUUCUACAGAUCUCUUAUUGCCUCUUAUAUGUUAAACCUAUUUAGCUGUGUCUUAUACAGUUAUUUGCAAAAGGACUGUUCAGCAAUGCUAAGGUAAAGUGAAGCCUUACUGCUUCUAUAGGCUUACAGAGUUGCAUUUGAACAGACUACAAGUCUUCUGGAACAAAGUCCACUGGACACAAACACAGAAGACAAACUGAAAACACAAACAGCAUAUAAGCACAAACACCUCAUACCAACAGUUGCGUAAUGGAAGAGGGGUGAUGAUUUAGGCUUGUUUUGCAGCCACAUAACCUGGGCACCUUGGCAGUUACUGAACUGACCAUGAAACCCUCUGUAUCUGAGGCCAUCUGUCUGAGAGCUUGAUCAAAACUGGGUCAAGGAACAGGACAAGAAUCCACAGCACAACAGCAAAUCUACAAGAAAACAUCUGAAAAAGAAAAGAAUCAAGAUGUUGCAGUGGUCCAGUUAAAGUCCAGACCUCAACCUCAUUGAAAUGCUGUGGCUGGACCUUAAGAGAACUGUGCAUAAACAAAUAUCCACAAACCUCAAUGAACUGAAGCGGCAUUACAAAAAACAAUGGAUCAAAGUUCCUCCACGCUGUGAGCGACUGAUAAACUCAUACGCAAAGCAAGCACUUCAAGUUAUUGCUCUUAAGGUGAUUCUACAAGCAGAGUCAUGUGAAAGCUUUCUUUUUCACAUGACUGCAUCUCUGCCAUGACAAUUUUAAAAAAAAAAAGUCUAAAAUCACUUUUAGAAUAAUCACUGCCCAGCUUUGGGGGUUUUUGUAUGGUUUAGCAGCAGCCUGUUGAAUUAAGUUUUUUUUUUUAAUAGUUUUGUU